AUGCUUGCGUGGGACCUAACUCUAAUCAAUCGAUCGACCGAUAGGAAAAAGAAAUGCGACGAGAACCGCCCUCGAUGUACGGAUUGCCGCCGCUUGAAUUUAUCCUGCCAAUGGCCAUCCAAAGGCACAUCAGUGGCUAGUGAUGGUGACUCUCCGGGAUCUUAUGCGACGGGCUCAACGGAUAUGGAUCCGAUCGACAGCACCGACGGAGAUCCGCUGACUUGCGAUUGGAGCACACCUGAUAACGACGAGGAGUUUAUCGCCUCGCUUUUCCCCCAUUCGUUGUCGAGGCAGACUGUUCCAACCUCGUCUAUUGGGUUACCGAUCUCCACAAAUCCACAUUUACGUAGUGAAGAAGAUCGUUCACUCUUUAAUCACUAUAUCCAUGUGGUCUCGCGUGCGCUUUCCCGAUCUCAUGAUUCCGAUCGGAACCCAUUCUUGGUGACACUCUUGCCCUUGGCCGCCACAUCGGAUACCGUCACCAGCGUGAUUUUGAGUUUGAGUGGAUGUCAUUGGAAGCGGGUUUACCCAAGUAUCUGGGGCUGCGCGUUGAGAAGACAAGGCCAAGCAUUGGCUCAAGUCAACAACCUGCUUGGUCAGUCAGAUAGUCGAUGUAUUUUUGAAGCGUGCGCCACCGUGCUUCUGCUCUGUUUGACGGAAUUAUUUGAUGGGACGUCCCGAGUAUGGAAAUGGCAUCUCAAAGCGGCCAGUGCCAUUCUGAAAUCGCCUGCUUUCCAAUCUCUGAUCUCGGGCGAUGAAUGGACAUUUUGUAUCAGCCUGUUCCAUUACCUGGACUCCAUGUCGACUAUCUCUCGGUGCAAGCCUCCCCUUUUACACCCUGGAGCCAGCAUGACUGAGCUCACUACUAGUUUUCGUCGGAGCAGUGUACCAGAGCUGGAAUAUGGUCAGUCAACCACGGCCAUUUAUGGAAUCUCUCCAACCCUCUUUGACUAUUUGGGUAUGGUCAAUGUACUGGCCAAUCACCGAAGUAAAAGGGUCGACGAGCUCUCCGAAAUUGGCUUCAGAGCAGCAGCGACAAACGUGGAGACUCGAAUCGACGAGUGGCGGGCGGAUCAUGACCAGAUGGCGAAAAAGGAGUUAGAUACGGAAUUUGCAACCACUGCAUUUGAAUGGGCCAUUCGCCUUCGUCUACAUCAGGUGGUGGAGGGCUAUGACCCACUGCAUAGCUUCGUUGAGAAAGCGAUCGUGACCAUUCUGGAUGCCGUACAAGAAAUACCCUACGCCAGUCGGGUCGAGGGAUGUCUCUUGUUUCCACUGGUCAUCGCUGGGUCAUCCAGUGUGACCAUUGAGCGACGAAUGAUAGUCAAGGAGCGAUUGAUGGUUAUGGAAAACACCUUGGGAUUUUGCCAUAUUCAGUAUGCUCGACAGCUAUUGGAGAAAGUAUGGGAGGCGAACAGCACGUCCGAAAUGAAUUGGGCAUCGGUACGAUAUAGCCAGUUUCCUGGGGUGGUAUUCGUCUAG